AGAAAAUGGUUAUACGUCAACACUUUGACGUUGUCAAUUUGCAUUUGUUAAUUUAACUUUAUUUUUACAAAUAUUUUUAAUAAUGGCAAAACCUUCAGGAUACGAUACACACAGUGAAGGUCCGGGAUUUGUAGGAAUACGAUUUUGUCAAGAAUGUAAUAAUAUGUUAUACCCCAAAGAAGAUAAAGAAAACAAAAUACUUUUAUACGCUUGUAGAAAUUGCGAUUAUAAACAACAUGCCGAUUCAAAAUGUAUUUAUGUUAACAAAAUUAUGCACGAAAUUGAUGAACUUACUCAUAUAGUAGCCGACGUAAUUUCUGAUCCAACAUUACCCAGAACAGAAGAUCACCAAUGUCCUGAAUGUAACCACAGGGAAGCCGUAUUUUUCCAAGCACAAACAAGAAGAGCUGAAGAAGAAAUGAGACUGUACUAUGUAUGUACGAAUCCACAUUGUGCCCAUAGAUGGACGGAAUGAAAUGUCAUUUCCCCGGCUCACACUAUUUUUCAUAAAUCUCGUAUUUUAAUAUUAUAUUAA